UAAUGGAGAAAUAAUUACAAUUUCUGAAGGCAGUCAGAGAAUCCUGGGAAGCAGAGUGUCUGGACGGAGGCUGAGCUGGGUCUCUGACUCAUUUCUGACUUUAGUUUUUUCAAAGGGGGACAUGGCAAAGAUGUUCAGUUUCAUCCUUGUUGUCACCGCUCUGAUAAUGGGCAGGGAAAGUUCGGCGCUCGAGGACUGUGCCCAGGAGCAGGUGCGGCUCAGAGCCCAGGUGCGCCUGCUUGAGACCCGGGUCAAACAGCAACAGGUCAAGAAGCAGCUUUUGCAGGAGAAUGAAGUCCAGUGUUGGCUUUUAUAUUACCUUGUUUUAAAAACAGAUUGUUCAGAGAUUUUCAAUGAUGGAUAUAAGCUCAGUGGAUUUUACAAAAUCAAACCUCUCCAGAGCCCAGCAGAAUUUGCUGUUUAUUGCGACAUGUCCGAUGGAGGAGGAUGGACUGUAAUUCAGAGACGAUCUGAUGGCAGCGAGAACUUUAACAGAGGAUGGAAUGACUAUGAAAAUGGCUUUGGAAAUUUUGUCCAAAAACAUGGUGAAUAUUGGCUGGGCAAUAAAAAUCUUCACUUCUUGACCACUCAAGAAGACUACACUUUAAAAAUCGACCUUGCAGAUUUUGAAAAAAAUAGCCGUUAUGCACAAUAUAAGAAUUUCAAAGUUGGAGAUGAAAAGAAUUUCUAUGAGCUGAAUAUUGGGGAAUAUUCUGGAACAGCUGGAGAUUCCCUUGCGGGGAGUUUUCAUCCUGAGGUGCAGUGGUGGGCUACUCACCAAAGAAUGAAAUUUAGCACCUGGGACAGAGAUCAUGACAACUAUGAUGGGAACUGCGCAGAAGAAGAUCAGUCUGGCUGGUGGUUUAACAGGUGUCACUCUGCAAACCUGAAUGGUUUAUACUACAGCGGCCCCUACACGGCUAAAACAGACAAUGGGAUUGUCUGGUACACCUGGCAUGGGUGGUGGUAUUCUCUGAAAUCUGUGGUUAUGAAAAUUAGGCCAAAUGAUUUUAUUCCAAAUGUCAUUUAAUUGUUGCUGUUGGGCUUUCAUUUCUGCAAUUCGGCUUUGUUUAAAGUGAUUUGAAAAAUACUCAUUCCGAACAUACCAUGCGCAAUCAUGAUAACUGUUGUGAGUACUGCUUUUCAUUCUUCUCACUUGCCUUUGUUACUUAAUGUACUUUCAGUACAGCAGAUAUGCUAUAUUCACCAAAUAAACGUAGAUUGUGUUAAUAUUUAUC